AUGUCGGAACCAGAUUUAUCAUCAACGAUUCGAUUUCGUCCAAGCAAGAAGCGCAAAUACCGACAACGUGCGCCAGACGAAGACGACAACGGCGAUACACGACCCGCGCCACCGACACAGCGCGCCUCUGCAGCCGACUUCUUCGAGGGUGGACAACUCGACGAGGCCGACACAGUCGUAAAGGCGCGCGCGAGGGCGCGACUACGAGGCGUUAACUUUCGCGCGACAACCCAACCUGAGAUCGAUGAGUCAUCGCAAGCCAUGGUGCUACGUGGAGAGGAUCCAGACGUCGUCCCCGUGGCGGGCAUCGCAGACCGCUUCACACGCCAGACAGGCCUGACACAGGCGCUCGAUGAUCGACACCUGAAUAACUUCAUAGAGUCACGCCUCGCAAAUCGCAAUACAAGCCCCAAGCCUGCCUCGCCGCCCGAGCCUACUGCCACGGCUGAAACGGCGUCGCGAGCAAACACCGCGCGACAGGUGCACAUUUCCUCCGAAGUCCAAGAAGUCGACAUCCCCACGAUACCCGAGAUCCCGUCUCGCAUGCAACCAGCCGAGCGACCCAAGAAGAUCAAGCUCGGGCCGGACGGUAAGCCAUGGCGCGGAGGGAGAAGAAAGAGGCGAGGAAGCGAUGAUAUAGCGCGAGACAAGCUGGUCGAGGAGCUGCUCCACGAGAACAGACUGGACGUGUACAGCAUGCCGACGUCAGUGACAGCUGCGGCAUCAGAGGGCGAAGAAGGCGACGCAGAUGAACGUCUCGCGGCUCAGUUCCAGCAGCAGUACAUGGAGGACAUGGCGAGAAAACAAGCGAAGAAGAAGAAACCCGCCGCAGCGGGACAGCAGGGCCAAGCUGCUGCAGCAGGUGCGGAAGAAGUAUUGAAGGGGCCGAAGCUUGGUGGUAGUAGGAACGCCAGAUCGGCAGUAAGGGACAUGCUCCUGCGGAAGGAGAAGGAAGGAAAGAAAUGA